UUGGGUUUGGGUGUCCUGUCUGAUAUUCAUCUACAUAUUUAAUAAAGGUCCCCAAUCCAAAUCUUCAGGACUAAGCAGAAUUACAAUGGGUGUAGUGAAGACAAAAUGGAAGAAAAUUUUGUUUUUGAAGGCUUGGAUGUUGAAAGGUGCUAGUUCAAAAGGGCAAAGAGUCCCUAAUGGUUGCUUUUCAGUAUAUGUUGGAGCUGAGAGACAAAGGUUUGUUGUGAAGACAGAGUUUGUGAACCACCCACUAUUCAAGAUGUUGUUGGACGAAGCAGAAGUAGAGUACGGGUUUAAUAGUGAUGGUCCUAUUUGGCUUCCUUGCAACGUGGAUUUGUUCUACAAAGUGUUGGCUGAGAUAUUGGCUGAUGAGGAAUAUGACAAAAAGGUUAUCAUUGUUGCCAAGGCCAAGGGAUCGUCUUCUUUAUUCUUUCUUCUUCAAAGCCCAGCUCGUCUUCUUUCUUAUAUGAGUAGUAGGGAUCAUCGUGCAUCUAGUGUUAUGGAUUCGGAAAUGCUGUGAAUAAACUUAAUUAAAUGUUAUAUGUUCAAUAGUCUGUUGUAUAAAAAAAACUGUUAGAAGAGUUAGGUACAUCAGAACAUGAAUGUUCACGACUGAAAUAGAUUGUCUCUUCAGAGGAUAUAUGUCUUAUGUAAAAAAAAGUAUUAUACUGGUCAUGGAACAUAUAUAUUUUUAAGAUUUGUC